AUCGCAGCCCGGCCGGCCGGCUGCGCGCGCCCGGAGCGGAGCGUGCACUAGGUCGCCUCCCGGGGCCACGCCGGGGCCACGGCGAGGUGAGGCCGGCGCCGCCCCCGCGCCGCCCCCGGCGGGAGGCGCGACGCCCAGGCGGCGGGUGCGUGCGCGGCCCCGGGGCUACGCGGCUGGGCGUGCGCGGGGCCGCGGCGGCGGAGGCUGGGCCGGCCGGGCGGGCGGCAGAAGAUGGCGAGGGUGUGUAGGCGGCAGCAAUGCUCCGUUGAGAAGCGCGGCUUUCGGCAGGAACUGGACUCCUGGCGCCACAAGCUCCUCCACUGUGUAGGGUUUGAAAGUAUUCUCGAAGGGCUGUUUGGACCUGCAUUUUUAAAAGAUCUCAGUUUACUUAAAGACUGUGAACCUGAAAGCAUUUCUGAUUGGACUUUUGAUGAAAAUUGUCUAUUCUGUUGCUUGAGAAGAGAUAAAGUAAAGGGACAUUUAGUCGGUCUGGAUGAACCAGCUUCGGGAGCUGGGCGGGAAGCUCUGCUUAAACAAGAGCAAGCAAAAAUCAUACGAUUCGAGAAACAAGCAGAAGAGUUCCUCAAUGCAGUCUUUUAUAGAAAAGUACAUUGUCCCACUUUAAAAGUAAAUAAAUCUUUGUUUACAGACAGUCCCUGGGUCUCCGACCCCAAUAUUCCCCUAGUGGCCCGUGAGAUCAUGCAGCGAAUGAUCCAACAAUUUGCUGCUGAAUAUACCUCAAAAAAUAGCUCUACUCAGGACCCCAGCCAGCCCAAUAGCACAAAGAACCAAAGCCUGCCGAAAGCAUCUCCAGUCACCACCUCUCCCACGGCUGCAACUACUCAGAACCCUGUGCUCAGCAAACUUCUCAUGGCUGACCAAGACUCACCUCUGGACCUUACUGUCAGAAAGUCUCAGUCAGAACCUAGUGAACAAGACGGUGUACUUGAUCUAUCCACUAAGAAAAGUCCAUGUGCUGGCAGCACUUCCCUGAGCCAUUCUCCAGGCUGCUCCAGUACUCCAGGGAACGGUGAGAACUCAACAGAUGCAAUAGCAGUAGAUUCUAACAAUCAGUCGAAGUCCCCUCUGGAGAAGUUUAUGGUCAAAUUGUGCACUCAUCAUCAGAAGCAGUUCAUUCGUGUUCUAAACGAUCUGUACACCGAAUCUCAGCCAGACACCGAGGACCUGCAACCUUCUGAUUCUGGAGCAAUGGAUGCAUCCAAUUGCAAUGCUGGCUGUGCCCAGCUAGGCACCAGACAUAAGGAAAAUGAUGCACUGUGUCUCGAGAUGAAGUCUCCUCAUUCUGUAGAUUUGAUAGACUCCUCAGGCUCUCACAGUCCUCCACCCUUGGCAGAAAAGGCCCUGAAGGAGCCUCCUCCUGAGACGAACUCUGUAGAUGGAAGAGAGAAUGCCUUGACUGAUGUACAGAAAGAUUCCUCUGAACUUCCAACCACUAAAUCUAAUUCUGAGAGUUCAACGGAUAGUUCCACUCUGGGACACCUUAGUACAUCUAAUUCUUCCCCAUUCAACCUCCAUCACACCUCUAAGAGUGUGGAGGGCCAAACCACUGGACAGGAGCAAGACACAAAUGUGAAAGCAUGUGAGGGUGGUAAAGACCAUAUGCCGAGUUCAGCUUUAGUAGAAAGUCUAGUUGCAGGAAAAUCGGCAACUGAAACUAGUGAGGAGAACACCUGUAUUGUUUCUCAAAGACAUUCAUUCAGAGCUUUAUCAGAAGAGACUUGGGACUCGGAGUUUACAGGGAAUUCAUCUAGAACUGCUGACAAAGAGAAUACUUUACAGUGUAGCUCCAGAAUGCCUUUGUGCCAGGAGUUAGAGGCAAGUGAACAAGAUUCAAGGCCAAAGCAAGAGAACCAUCUUCACUCACUAGGAAGAAAUAAGGUGGGUUACCAUUUGCAUCCCAGCGACAAGGGCCAGUAUGAUCAUUCCAAAGGUGGUUGGUUAGCCCCCAGCCCCAUGCCAGCUGUGCACAAAGCAUCCAGUGGACACUCUCGAACCAAGAUGUUGUCAGCCUCCAUCAAGACAGCUCGGAAGAGUAAAAGGGCAUCAGGGCUGAGGAUAAAUGAUUAUGAUAACCAGUGUGAUGUCGUUUAUAUCAGUCAGCCAAUAACAGAAUGCCACUUUGAGAAUCAGAGAUCAAUGUUGUCUUCUCGGAAAACAGCCAGAAAAAGUACUCGAGGAUACUAUUUCAAUGGUGAUUGUUGCGAGCUGCCAACUGUUCGCACACUGGCCAGAAACUUACACUCCCAAGAAAAACCAAGCUGCUCGACACUGGCAUCUGAGGCAGUGGUCACUCCCAAGCAGACCCUCAUCAGUUCAACCCCGAGACCUACGGCGGAUGUGCAGCCUCCCAGAGAGGACAACGCUGAAGAGCCUCGUGAAGAAAUAACCUCCCCCAAGGAAGGAGACAGCGACGCUUCAUCUGAGAAGAAAUCUCAAGAGCCUGAGGUUUGCCCCACAGUGAACCAACCCAAUCCAACCAGCUCCCCGAGGUCCAAGGAAACAACAGCCUCCAGCCCGGCAUGCCCUCCUCCAGCUCACCUUCCAGAAGAGGACAUGCCCGAAGGCAGCUCCAUGGUCGCAGCUCCCACAGCAAGUGGGAUCGCUUCCCCUGAACGAGACCAACACCCAGCUGAACGGCCUGAUGCGAAGGGGACGAGUGAACCUGAGGACUAUCCCCUGGCUCCCUCUACUGAGAGCUCUUCUGAGGGAGACAGAGAAGAUGUUGGGACUAGGCCUACUUCUUCUCCUGAAACAGUCAGAAGGGCAGAAAGUCCUCUGUGCUCAGAAAAUCAAAGUGCCCCCGUAAGCUUGGAGCCUCCCGCAAGCCUGGGAAAGGCUGAGGAUGAACAAAGCAUCAGUACUGAGGCUGAGACUGAAGAUGCCCAUGAGCUGGAUUCUGACCCGCUCUUGAAGGAAAGCAGCACUUUGACUAAGAAAAACCCCAGUGACAUUGAGGAAAGUAAAGCAGCAAGUGGUACAGAAAAAUUAGAGGAAGAAGGUGAUGAUAGAAAACAUUCUUCAGAAAAAGAUAUGUGCGAACAAACCAUGGACACACCUGAAGAGAACUCGGACAAGAAGAAAAAGGGUAAAAAAUGCCCUGAGGCCUCAGAUAGGUGCCUAAGAAGUCAACUUUCAGAUUCUUCCUCUACCGAUAAGGACCUAAGAAAUCCAAGUUCAGAUUCUUCCUCUGCUUGCCCUGAGGUCAAAGUUUCUAAAAACCCUGAUGCAAAAUGUUCUAAAAAAGAAGAGGACCCUGGUGAAACAACACCUGAGGACUUGUUGACCGAGAGUCUCCAUCCAAAAGCUCUGGAUGACAUCGAAAACCCAGAUGUCCAUGAAAAUUCCUCUGAGAAGGAUGCUGAGCAGGAGGGCGAGGAAGGUGGGAUCAUCACUAGGCAGACUUUUAAAAACAUGCUGGCCAAAGAGGCCAAAAAAGAAGAAGGAGAUCUUUUCCCCAACAGUGAUCCUGUUACCACAGUUGGCCAGCCCCUGCCUGGAGAGAGACUGGAAAUCUAUGUCCAGUCUAAGUUAGGUGAGAAAAGUGCCCAAGACCUCUUAGAAAGUGUUCCGUGUCCUUUCCCAGAGCAGUCAGAAGAGAAGCCAGGACCUGUUCCUGCACUCGACCUGGAGGAGGUUGUAAAUGAGAUGGACGGUGCAAACGCCCAGCAUAAAGGUGAUGAUCAUGAGGAGCCACCCAUCGUCCUCGAGUUGUCAAGUAGCGAUGAUGAUGCUGGGCCCUCAAAAUGGGUACCAAGGCUCACGAGACAGUCGUCUUCGAACUACAACCUAAGACAUGCUCAUUCUCUGGACUCCUUGGACACCACAAAUGUGACUUCAGAAAAGGAAGCAGCACAAGAAAACCUAAUACCCAAGGACAACGAAGCUUCAGAGAGUGAAGAUCCCGUAGAUGAGGACGAUGGGGAAGAAGUGGUCAACGAGCAGCCAAAGUUUAUGGAGUGGUGUGCUGAGGAGGAAAACCAAGAGCUCAUUGCCAACUUCAAUGCCCAGUACAUGAAAGUUCAGAAAGGCUGGAUCCAGCUGGAGAAAGAAGGCCAGCCAGCACCAAGAGCGAGGAACAGGUCGGAUAAGCUCAAGGAGAUUUGGAAAAGCAAGAAAAGGUCACGGAAAUGUAAGGGUGCGUUGGAAGCUCAAAAGUUUUCUCCUGUUCAGAUGCUGUUCAUGACCAACUUUAAAUUGUCUAAUGUCUGCAAAUGGUUCUUAGAGACAACUGAAACCCGGUCUCUGGUCAUCGUGAAGAAGCUCAACACUCGUCUUCCGGGAGACACACCUCCCGUCAAGCACCCUCUUCAGAAGUUCUCCCCUUCCAGCCUGUACCCCAGUUCACUGCAGGCUGAACGCUUGAAAAAACACUUGAAGAAAUUUCCCGGAGCUACUCCUGCGAAGAACAACUGGAAAAUGCAGAAGCUCUGGGCCAAGUUUCGAGAGAAUCCUGACCAAGUGGAGCCAGAGAAUGGCAGUGAUGUCAACCGAGGCCCCAGUUCUGAAGACAGAAAAGAGGAGAUCAAGGAAGGUAGAAGUAGCCAUCCUUCUACAGGCUCACCGACGCCAGCCAGCACCCGGAUCCUUAGGAAGUACUCCAAUAUUCGGGGAAAGCUCAGAGCUCAGCAGCGCUUGAUCAAGAACGAGAAAAAGGAAAGCCCUUCUGGUCUGGCCGUGGAAGGUAAGCAGAGCUGUAAAAGUGUGUGCAUCCACCCUCUGAUGUCCCCCAGGCACGCCCUGCAAGUGGAUGCCUACGGGUUUCCCAUUAAACCCAAGGGUGCUGAUGGAACCAAGGGAAGGAAAGGGAAGCAGAUGUCUGAAAUCUUGCUGAAAGCAGAAGUUCAGAAUAAGCGCAAGAGGACCGAAGGUGGCAGCACUCAGGACAGGAGGGACAAGGGAGCGGUGAUGAAAGCCAGCAAAGAGAAGCAUAUCGAUGGAGCCACCAAGACCCUCACUGCCAAGAAGCCAGCUGCAAGGGACAGAGGAGGCCAACUGCCCAAAAAGACAUCUUUGAAAGAAAAUAAAGUGAGGAUCCCCAAAAAGCCCUCUGGGAAGAGCUGCCCUCCCUUCAGGAAAGAAAAAGAAAACACAAACAAAAGACCUACCCAGUGCCCUGCCUCAGAGACAGCGACCAAACCUGCAAAGCCAAAGGGGGCAAGUGAAUCCGCUUCAAGGCCACCGAAAGCCGCGAACAGAAAGCAGAGCAGCGGAAAGGCUGGGGCCAGGCCCUUGGUGAAAACCCCGGAGAACAGCGCAGCCCAGAGAAAGAGAAAGCUGAAGGCAAAGCUGGACUCUUCCCACAGCAAACGGCGGCGGCUGGAGGCCAAGUGACGCCAGGGGCGGGAGCCAGGAGUAAAACUGUUCUGCAGAAGGAACCCUUUAUUUUGCAUUAACUGAAUCCGCUUUUAUAAGCUUAUCAAGCCUUUCAAACCUGCAGUUAAUGGAGAUGUCAGAAAUUGCAUCUCAGAUGGAGAAGGAGACUCGCAGUCUUUCUCCGAGGCUGAGUAAGGGAAGUUAUAUAUUAUAUUCUGGUUGUUCCUUGGGUUUUAAACUUGGAACCAAGCAGUUGUAGUUUUUAAAAGUACAGUGCCUUAUUUAUCCCUUUUGUGUUUAAAAUUUACAAAAGCUAAAAAGCUGAUCUAUGUGAUAAAGGCUUGUAUUUUAUACUUGAUGCACAAGCACUUGUACUGUAGCCGAGAAGACCACCGUCAUGCACAUAAAGUAGCUUUCCAGCAGCUCCCUGCAGUCCGUACGUGAGCAGACGCUCCUCUCUGCAAACCCCAGCAGUGAACUUCCCUCUCUGUCUGGUUUGUCUGUUUAAAUGAUAUUUGAAAGCUAAACCAAAUCAUUUUUAUGGUAUGUGGAGAAUGCAGAGGGCAUUUAUAAUUUUUGUAAAAGAUUAAUAUUUGUUACCCCUUUAAAAAAAAAAAUCAUUCAUUGUAGGUCACUCCUCCUACCUUUGAUCUUUUGUCACAUGGAGGAAAAAUGGAUUCUUAAUUAUGUGCCCAUGAGACAAAAGGUGUGUUGCCAGGUAUUGAUUUUGGCUUAUGACCUCUAAAAAUUAUUUGCAAUACUUGUCCUUACCAUCCUUUUCAUUUUGGGCCUUGAGCUUGCUAGCACUCUAACAAAGUUCCCCCCACCCCCGCUUAUAGCUGUAAUUUGCCAAUUAGGAUGAGAGUGACUAUGCUAAUUUUCUUUUUACCCUGAGUACUUCUAUAUUCAAAAAGAGCCAAAAUGUUAUUUCCAGUUGUAGAAAAGUUUAAUACUAUGUGUGUGUGCAUGUGCAUUUGGGUACAUUUGUCUCUGGCUGUUGGCCACCAAUGCCUCCUAACCCCAGUUCCACAGUAAAUUCUCUCUUCCCUGUGCAAUGUGCUACGGGAUUCGUGAACUGGGAGCCAAGGAUUUCUGUGAACAUCCUGCAAACCAUCCUGGCAUCAGGCUCAGAAAGGUCAAAAGAGCACAGAGUUAUGCAGAGGCCACAGCAGACUUGCAGUUGGAGGAAACAGCUCCAGUAUCUCAUGGUGGCCCCAUAUGGCCUGCACCCCGAUCUAACGUUCAUGCGGAAGUACAAGUUUAGAAUGGGAUCCGUUCUGAUUGGUUAGCACCGUACUCAUAGUUCAUGCUUGUACAAUAGUAUCACUCCUGCCUUCGCCAUGUCAGGCUCAAAAGCGAGAGCUGCAGUAUUUGUAAUUGAUGAUGUUUGCCUUUCCCAGGUGAAGCCUCACAGGGGUGCAUCGGCUUUGCCUUGGUGCCUAUAACAAUGCUCCAUUGAACAUCGUGUACUCAACAUUUCCAUUGGGCCAUUCUACAAACAGGCUUAGUUGUUAAAGCCUCAACCAGUUUCUCAAACAUGCUCUGUCACCAACACAGGCUUACAAGGACAGCUGCUUCUCUGUCCUUUCUGUUAAAAGUUGUUCCAUUUAGAUUGUUUCAGACCAGUUUAGAUAAACCCAGAUGGACUUUUUCAUACUUUAGUUUGUUUAGAUCUUGAUAAAACAGGCCUUCUGUCCAGUCUGUAAAAGGCUUGCUGUAUAUGUACAAUGAAAACUUCUGAUGAUUGGAUAGGCCUGGAAAAAAGCAUUUGAUUCAUGGGAAAUUGAGAGUUGUAUUGAAUUUCAUAGAUAGUGAAACCUAUCUUCAGUGAAGCCGUGAUAUGUAUUUUUUUCCUAAUGUCUCCUCUAUCCCAUAAGUCUCAUUUUUUUUUAAUAUAUAUAUAUCUUUGACUAUGGCCAUUGAAGAGCUACCUAUGUUAAUGAAACUGCUGAGUGUGUAUGUUGGCAACCUUUUCUCAGCAUUAAGUUGCACAAAAGCAUUAAUAUGUUUUGAGUAAGUUCGUUUAAUCUUUUAAAAGUGGUUUUAAAGUUUAAAAAAACCUUUAUGUAGAGUCGUCACUGGAUAUUGUUUUUGUGGUGACUUAUAGCUGAGGUUUGCCGAUGUCAGGUGUGCGAAUUCCUGUACAUGCGUUCAAGGUGCCCCCUUAGCUGCAAUGGACGACUUUGGAAGGGUGCUUGCAUUGUGUUAGAGGUGUGAGGCAGUAGGUGGGUGGAACUGUUCCAGUUCCAGAUUUAUAACUCAUUCCAUGACUUUUCUACGUUCUUUUUUUUGUUUGUAAAAGUUCAUUUCAAGAUAAUAGCCUUCUCUCCCAUUCUAAAAAGCAUUUGAGAAAAGUUCAUUGUGUGUGUAUGUAUUUAUUUAUACACUUAAUGUUAUGGAUCAUCUUUAAAAUCAACUUACACUUUAUGGUAGUGACUACACUUAAAUAGACUGGGAUUCUGCAUAAUUAUGAGAUUAAAAGUUUAGAUUUUUUUUUGUAUUUGUUGAAUCUUGUUUUUGCUGAUUCAGUUAAUUUUGAAAAGGAAGGAAGGAAGGAAGGAAGAAAAGAUUGAUUUGAGGGCUGUCUCUGAAAGGCCUUUUUACGCUUAAAGCCGAUGCUGUCCCCAGACACCUCCAAGCUCAGGCUUUGAUAUUGACUCAAGUCUCCCCUUGUUCCCCCCUCUUGCAAAGGCCUCUUUCUCAUGUAUGGCUUGCCAUCAGAUGCAAAGGCAGUCUGUCCCACAUUCUGGAUUCCAAAUCAGGAAGAAAUUCUGCUUCUGGGGCUGUGCUCAGUGAAGUGAUUGUCCUAAUGGAACUCAGGUGGAUGCCCAGAGACCACUGAGAGUAUCUCUUAGCUUUUGGAGAAGCUGGGAGAUGCCUGGGAAGCAUCACUGGUGCUCCACCCAGAGCUGGGUCCUCUUCUGCAGACCCAUCUUCUGUCCCGUGAGGCUCCCUGGGUCUGGGAGGACGCCAUGAGCCUCACCCUGGCACUUCCUCAGACAGCGCAGCGGGAAGACCGUGAUCCUUGGUUCUGCUCUGGAGGUUUCCUACAUAGGAAUGUUAAUAGCAUCUAUUGUGCAAUUGCUGGCGCCUUCCAUCCCUUAGGUAGCCAGUUCUGUUGUUUCUGUAUUUCAUUAAAGACUUCUACACAAGCCUUACCUUUAAAAAAUAACCUUGAGCAGUGGCUUCCAUGCCUCAUUGUUGCUGAGGUGGCAUAGUUGGAAAGGUGUAUCUAUCAUCCCUUCACAUAUGCAGUACUUUUCAUGCAACCCUCUGCACAUCACACACUUGGCAGGUGAGCCUCUCCCUGUUCAGACAGGUCAUCGGUAAAACACUUCCGGUUACUUUGAAUUGAAGUUUGGUCUCUGUUCUCCCUUGUGAUGGAUUCUGUGGUGAGGGCGGGAGCUGUCAUUCAUUAGGGGCAGCAUUCCUGAUGCUGGGUGGAACUAAGAGCCUGGUAGGGAAAGACUGCUAUGUGAUGCAGGCUGGUGAGGCUCUGGUGUCACCAUCAACAGGCUGGUGUUUUCAUCGUCCCUGGCACUGGAUUGGCAUUUCCCAGGCCUUUUGGUUUUAAGGCUCUCUCUCUGUUGGUUUAGAAACAAUUUACCAAGAGUCUGCAGAUUUGGGGCUUGUUCCUCUUUGGUAAAUAAACGUUUAUUGGAACAAAGCUACGCCCGUUUGUGUAUGGGUUGUCUGCAACUGCAUUCCAGCGAGUUGAGCUGCAACAGAGACCAUGUGGCCUACAGCCUAAAAUAUUCACUAUCUGGACCUUUAAGAAAGUUUGCUGACCUUGCUUGAGAAAAUAAUCCUUUUUCAGGAACAAAGCUUCCCUGAUGUAUCUUCUCCUUUCUUCUGCCUCUUUCCCUCUCUGUCCUUUUCUUUCCUGCCCCUCCUUAUCUUACCUCAACUUAAUUCUUCCUUUAUAUUUUUUAAUUUAUUCUUGCAACAAAAGAAGUUACUUCAUUGCUUUAACACACUGACUACCAUCUGUGAAACUUGAGCUACCUUAGCCUCCUCUCUUCCUUCUUAGACUCAACCAUCACAGUAAACAAAACGAGUCGGCCUGUGAGCAAAUAGGAAUUCAGAGUUCUAAAAUUAUGAGGCCUGGGUCUCUCAUUUCAUCCCCGGCCCCCCAUCCUCAUCCCAGGAUAUCCUUUUCUUUGAUCCUUAGAAAGUGGAAGGCAGGGAGGAGGUGAUUAGAUAGAGAAACAGAUCUCACAUCAACUGAUUGCCUUUCGCAUGCACCCAACCUGGGCCAGGGAUCAAACCUGCAAUCGAGGUAUGGGCCCUUGACCAGGACUCGAACCUGCAACCCUUUGGUCUUGUGGGCUGAUGCUCUAAUCACUGAGUAAACUGGCCAGGGCUCAUUUCACUAUCAUAGACCUGACACUAGACUCACUUCUUGUUUAUUUUUAAAGUAAGUCAAGAUUCUAUUUUUUUCCAAAUUAGUUGAGACUGCAUUUAGUUGGGUGUUCAGUUUUCUGAACCUCACAUUCAUAUGGAAAAAGGCUUCAGAGGGAAAACAAAGUCUAAUCACAAACCCAAAGCAUUGUUGAUUGUAUAAUAUUUUGGGCCAGCUUCUAGGAAAAUAAAACUAUAGGCACUGAUUUCCCCCCCCCCCCCCAAUUCCCAUACUCUUCUUUCAAAACAAUUUUAUUAAAGACAAGCCAACAAAUAAAAAAUGUAAGUAUGAAAUCAUGUUUCUUAUGUCCAUCACAUUAGCAAGGCAGUACCUGCCUCCGAGUGGUUAGUACUCUUCCCUGUGCAUGUUCGGGAUGGGGGUGGGGGGAUAAAAAGAUUAUUGUAUUUAAAACAGCAGAAUUGGGAAACCUUUGAGAUAGCUAUUAAUAUAAUUCAACCCUUGAGCUGGCUACGGGUUCAACCUAUGAACUCUUGUGAAUUCAUCUUCACACAUGGCUACUGUUUCACAUUAUCCCUGAGUAAUGUUUGUGUAUUAAAGAACAAGAAGCCCUGGCCCAUGUGGCUCAGUAGGUUGGGCGUCAUCCCAUGCACCAAAAGUUCGAUUUCCGGUCAGGGCACAUUCCUGGGUUGCGGACUUCAUCCCCACUAGUGGGUGUGUAGCAGGCAGCCAAUCGCUGUUCCACUCUCACAGUGGUGUUUCUCUUUCUCCCUCUCCCUUCCUUUUUCUAAAAGUCAGUUUAAAACAUUUUUUUAAAGAACAAGAAAAUACCCCCUUUUGUUGAUGGACUGUUCACUGAAUCGUAGACAUUCAGCCUUCUCUACAAGGAUACGCAGUUGAGGUACAAAGUCUUAUACUGAAAGCACCACGGUCUUGGUCAUGUGCGAGUCGGGCAAACAUUCCUCUGUGGCAGGGCUCAGCGCAAAGGGGUUCCCAGUGAACCGAGAGCGAGAACGGCGCCUCCCCAGCAGGCACAGGCCGAGUCCAUUCUGCCCCGUGGAGCCCUCUUCCUGUGCAGGGCACCUGCACGUUUCCCACUCCCCAAGCUUGGGUUGUCGUGAACAUAAAUGCGUGGUCUUUGCUUGUUGCAACCAUGAGCCCAGACCACCCACCCCCACCUAGCUCUUAAAAAUACCAGCAUGUCAGCAGCUUUAGGCGGAAGUUUAGGGCUCUCUGGGCCAGCGAAGCUGACCCAAUCAGGCCUGACUCACUUCCUGCUGAGGAGCCGCCUGUGGCACCUUUGUCUUCCCGCUCCUGCUCCUGCCACCAGCCCCCUUCCGGGAGGCGGCUCUCCGGGAAGUCUCCCUCUUCCAGGCGCUUCAUUUAGAUGUCAUGUUAGGAGCAUUUUUCCUUUCCUAACUUUAUUUUUAAAUUAGCAACUUUUCCACCCCAUUGUUUUCUGUCAUCUACAUAUGUCUUGUAGCUAAAGCUGUAGUGGUUGGGAGCUAGUUUGUGGAAGGGAUGCUAACCAGACAAGAUUUGCAUAAUUUUGAAUAUUUAUACCACAAGUCGAGAUUCCUUUUAGAGCCACUACAGCUUAAGGUUGUUAGUCUCACCAGUGGUUUCUGCAUCCUUAACAUUAGAUCUAGGAAACUGGUGGUGUUUCAAAUGCAUAUAGAGUAUCAGUUUAUACACAUGACUGUGGAGUUUAUUUCACUGUGUGAGUAGUGAUAUUUUCCUGUUCAAAUGUUUCUGUAGAAAGUAUUUAUUUUAGCAAAAAAAGUUAACUGUCAAAAGGGCUUUUCAGAAAAGUGUUCUUUCUGGCUACCCGUCCUCCCCAGCUACCGUGCUCAGCCAUUGAACCCCCAAACAACACAGCGAAGGCAGAUAGGUUGGAACCCUCACUGUUUUGGGGCAGACGUGACAUGGAUUGGGAACCCUGAGUGCAUGCCCCACUGUCACUCUGUCCCAGAACGAAGUAUGGCUGCGCCCCUAGUGGCCUCAGGGCUGGCCUCGAGCAGCCCACUCUGCAUACGUGGUUGGCACGUUCGCUUAGCAGCCUGUGCAGGAAAAGGAGCCUUAGUUGUAACCCCAAGGAAAUCCAAACCCAUACCUGUGGGCGAUGGAGAAACCACUUGUUGCCUAAAGAAAGCAUUAAGCUGUAUUUCAGUCUUUCUCGUGUUUGCGAAAGACACCAGUUCGCACCCCCAUGAACCAUGGAAGAUAAGCAUGUUUUCUUUCACACCUCGACAGUACUCAUGAGCAAUAUGGCUCUCUUCCUUUUCUCCCCCGUCCCUCUCCUUCCCCCGUCCCCAUCUCCGCAAGCAUCUGUGUAGUUGUGGGCCAGCCCCACCUGUGGCUACAGGACAAAACCAUCUGUUGUAAGAUGUGUGCAACUUUACUUCUCAGGAGUCCUGGUCUGCAGUUCAGAGCACCCUCAGACAUGAUGGAACCGAUGACUUCCGGUCCUUUCCUCUCCCCUGCGCCCCAUUCCUGGGCACUUGUGCUGAGUCACGAGUCUCAUUCUGUUGGAUUGAGGACAGCAGCUCGGGAUUGGACCACAGGGGAUUUUGUCAUCCAUUUGAAUCAUACCUUACAUACUUACUUAUGGCUUCCUUUGUCUUUUCCAAACAAUGAGGAAGACACUUGAACAGUAAUGCUGGAGAAAGUUUGUGUGUUUUUUCUAUGAUACUAUUUGUAAGCAAAUCUGAUUUUAAGAUGAAAUGUGAAUGGGUAACUACUUGCCAGGGAAUUUAGUACUGAACUAGACAGUCAAAACUUUUUUAUCUUUUACAGGAAGAAAUAAAUUUUGCUUGCAUUUCAAUGUUCACGGGAAGUAAUGUUGUAAAUAGUUUUUAAAAAAAUAUUUAUUAUGUGUGCUGUAUACAGAUUCCUGUCCGGAGUGAUGUCGGUUUGCAUGUAGUGCUGUAGGAGAAUAUAUUUUGAGCAGUGGACUCUUCUCAUGACACAAUUCACACAUGGAGAAAGAACAAAAAACCAGCAGGUUGAGAGCUGUUUGGGGCAUUUGAUUUGUAAUGUUACAUCAAAUCCAAGCUUUAAUCGCCCCCUUUUCUCAUCUGGUUAUGUUGUGUGUGUGUGUGUGUGUGUGUGUGUGUGUGUGUGUGUGUGAGAUAAACUGGUCAGUGGUCAGUCGCAGAUCUGCAGAGCAGAUUUCCAGGUGUUCUUUCUGAUGUGUUGCCUCCAAGCAAUAAGAUCCUAGGUAAUAACAUUUAUUCCGGGCUCCGCGUGGGCCCUUGUCUCAGAGGAUAGGGUCGGGGUAGGACAGCUCUUGCUAAGACCUCUUGCCUUUGCCUGAGAGGUUGCUGUACUUGAAUUUUUGCUUCUGUUUGUCUGCACACUCCUUUCAGUCAUAGGACUCUAGGAAUGGGUGAGAAACCUGCCGGCACCAGACAUCAAAAAUCAGGCAUAGAGACUGAAAAAGUGUCCAUAUUCCAUAAAUUUGUAAGGGCUUCCUGCAUCUAGUUGAGGCAAAGCUCACUUGGCUAUAGAGUAAAUGUAAGAACCAUUUACGUUAGAAAUUUAAAUGGCCAAUUUGAAGUCCUUUAACUAUGUCUGACCCACGCUGAGAAGCUAGCCCAGUUUCUGGAACCCUCUCCCGUGCCUGGGUCUGGAAUGUCUGGAGCCCCCUUCUGUCUGGGGUUCAGCCUUUUUGGUGCGUGCAGAGGGCAGCCGCUCCUCCAGGUCUCCCAGCGAGUCCAGCUCCACAGGCGUCCAAGCUGUGUUGCAGCCUCUCCCAGUGACCGUCCUACACGUCUACGAAAAAUACCCCAUACCCAAAUAACCAGGAGUAGAACAAUGUAGUUUUUUAGGCUUUUGGAAUAUGUCUUCUCUUUUGUAUUUAUGAUGGUGUUUGGAAUUUUUCACUAGUGUUUUUUAGAUUUGAAGUGGGUGCAUUAGGAUAAAACUUUCCAUUGCUGGGCCUAAGACAGCAAGCAAGAGGAAAGAAGCUGACCUAUGUUGUAUCGGUGGGAAGGUGACUACUUCAUGUGGUGGGAGGGCAGGGAGGGGGGGUGUAGAUUAUGUGAGAGUAAAAUAGAAUUCUGGGCUGAGGUGCCCCAAGUCUUAUUACUUUGUAAUAAAUAAUCCCCUUUCCAGCCUCACUUAAUCUCAAUAGAAGCCUGCUGUUUACCCUCAGGGAACAAGUAGUUUUCAAAAUUGAGCUCCUCCAAGGUCAUUGGCCCAUGCCUGUGUGCAGGCGUUCGUGGUCUUUAUAAACUCAUGGCAUUAUUUUCCCGUAUGCAUCAUUGACAUUAAGAAAUUCAACCCCAACCUGUACGAAAAGCACAGCCAGGGCACUCCUUCAGGCCAGAGUUCAUGCCUUCGAGGGGCCCGCAGGACCGUGCAGUUUAACUGAAGCUCAGGUGCCGAGGUGGGUUUUACUCUUUUUAGGACCCUUCCGAUGAAUUUAGGGCCAGGGCUGCUGAUCCGGCUGUGGAUCCAGGGAGUUCUAAGCUGAAUCUCUACCGUUCCUUUAAAGGUCUUUCUGGUCCCUCCCCGUGUUGUCAUUGCCAAGGUCAAUCUUGUAGUUGUUCUGAUGUGUUCCUCCUUUUUGCCGUCUUGUGAGUCGUAGCCAGUGAUCCAGAUGCCCAAGGAGAGAGUCUCGGAGGGCCCCGCCCCUUCCCGGUCCCCGUGUGUGCUCCUGACCUGUGUACCUGCGGUCUUUUCAAAAGCACUGAGAUGAAGAGUUCGGCAAAGGGUUAUCGGAUGACCAGCGUGUAUCUCUCGGGCCUGGAUUUCCACUAUGUUAGAGAGUGUAGGGAAAUACUGUGUUGUUUAUGGAUGAAAAUUCAAUGUAUGCUGUGAAUUUGUUGGUUUGAAACAUUGAAAAUAUUUCAUUAGACAAUGUUUACAUACCUCACCUGAAGAACCUUUGAGAGUGUAUAUAUGAAAUUUUAAAAUAUAUUAAGUUGCUUUAAAACAAUAUGUAUAGCUAUAAGAGUUGGAGUUAUUUUAACUUUGAAUAUGUACCAAGUCUCCUAAAUAUUGAAAUCUUGUGGACUUUUUGUGCUUCUGUGUUUUACUUUCCUUUUAGGCCGUGUAGGAAGCUCUGUUCUUGUUAUUGGUGAAGGGUCCUCACUGAAAUCCAAGCUUGGAAGGAUUUCCUUGGUUUUAGAUUUCCUCGUUGGUUUGAGGGGUGGGGUGUGGAGCUAUUGGAUGUGUGGGAGGGGUUACUCUAACCGUGACAUCUAUUCCAUGAGCUUUUUCUAGGCGCUUAUUUUAUUGCAGCGUAUUAAACUUCUUUGAUAU